UGUUUGUGCCCCAAAUCUGGUGGGUGCCGAAAUAAUUCUUUACCGGAAAGGAAGCAACAUCAUCAAACCGGCAAGAUGUCAGCGGGUUUGAUGUCAUGUGUGCGCGAAAAUUCGCCACCAUUGGAUAACGCACCCGUCGCACAAGUGCAGGACAUUCCGAUCACGAUCACCACACCGGAAACAGUCGCAGCCCCUGCCAACACCAGCGACACCACCAAGCGGAAACGGUUCCAUCCACUGCGCAACCUACGGCGAAUUUUUCGUCGCCGAACCGUAUCGUCGGCGGACCGUGCCCCGGGCCAGCUCGGUGCGAAAGGGCCCACCCACAUCCACUUUGCCACACCCGGCUGUUCGACGACCGAUGCAACGCUUCCGCGGACCGGUUUUGGCGUCCCGAUCACCAUCCGCAACGAGUCGGCAGCCGGUAUCGCACCACCCGGUACUUCCCAGAUUGGGGCCGGAGCGUACUUCAAACGCGAAACCUACCGGCUACGGAACUCCGAUGAUCUAGACAAGGAGAUGUCCGAUUAUCAGCGCAGCCUAAGCGAAGGUCGACUGGUGGAUAGUGACAUUAGCCGCGAUGGACUUUCACAAUCACACGAUAGUGUUUUCUCCGAAUCCGCCGGCACAGCUAGCAGCCUAUCGAUCACGCUGAAGAACGAACUAGCAGACGUGUUGCGCAAGCGAAGGAAAGAUCGACAGGGAGAAGUUUCUGACGAAGAUCUCGGACUGCCCUUGAGUCCCAUCACACCGCAGCGCAAAGAUCGCGGCAUGAACAAAAGCGAAGGAUCGCUCAGUAUACUGAGCAUGACGAGCUCGGACAUGGAUGAUGAUCGAUCCGCAUCGAACGCUAGCGGACACAACUUGCUACACCUCGACUCGUCCACCUCCGGUUCGAUCAGUAUGAACCGAUCAGACAAUAUGGAUGAAAGUGGUGAUUCAUCGAAACUGAGCCAUUCCGCAGCAAAACACAAACUUGCCGUACGACCAAAGAAAAAGGGCCCUACCCGAGCUCGAACUCGCCCAAGAGAGUCAACCCUGUUGCCAGCGACGCCCGAAGUGAACGAGGAAUCAUUGAAGCUUUCCUCCACGAAUAUCGCUUCCAACUUUUCACCUGCAAAGGAAGCAAACGAGAAAGCCCAUUCGUUGCCGUACGGUAUCAUGCCACCUGGUACAUCUACCCCGCUAUCAUCGCACCCGAUGCCAAGAUCACCCUCCAAAGAAAUCAGCACAUCAAAGCUGUCGAUCGGCGACGUACCCGUCACCAGUUCCUCGAUCUACGUUAACAGGAACAUUUCCAAGAGCCACGAGUUUGAACGCACGUCCGAGCAUCAUCUGACGGUGGAAGGAACAUCCACUGUAUCAUCGAGGAAGGAAGAUGAUGGAUUCUUUAAGCGUAUCCUAAACUACAGUUUCAAAAAGAAGAAACAUGAAUCAAGCAAGGAAGAAUCCUCGUCCGUAACUGCCUCCCCACGUAAGGAAGACAAUACGAGCAGCGUAUACAUUAGCUCGGCAGAGCCGGCCAUUUCUGAUUGCAUUCCUACGGAGCAGAUUAUGAAGUUAUCGUUGGUAGUUGGAGAGCCCGAGAUGGGAGAGCUUAGCGGAUACAAGAAGAUCAAGUCCGGGCCAGCAGCACGGCAGCGUGUCUUUCCGAAAGAUAUUUUCACAGCGGAAGAACGCGAAGCGAACGCUAGGGAGCAGCAACAGCACACACAGCGCUACUCCUCGAACGUGGAAGUUAACCGACAGUCCGUCGCAUCGUCCGGCAGUGGCCAUUCGCUUACAAUUGGCGAAGGAAAGGUACCGCUGCACAAAAGCGAGGAGUAUCUUGUCUCCAAAACUCGCAAGUUCUCCGAGCGCAGUGUGGACGGUGGUGAGGGUGAUGAUGAGGAAAGCGAUGGCCGGAAGUACGUUAGCCACGGAGAACGACUCAAAAGCCCGAAGGUGUACGGGUUGAGUUCGUAUCAGCAGAAAUUGGCGAAAAUUUCCAUCUCUUCGCAGCCAGCAGCCGAAGCGAACAAGGAAAGUCCCAGCAAACGGGCGAAAUCGGUAGAAAAAUCGAAAAGCUUCCGCACUUACACGGACAGUGUGUCGAACCAGCUGCAGGCAGGCGGUCAUCAGGUGCCAAGCUUACCGAACCUGAGCUCAUCACUGUCGGUGGGCAAUUUCAGCAACAACUUCCUCGAGACCGAGCACAAGUUCUUCAGCAUGACGGAGAACAUGAACACCGGCAAGCAGCGUGUGUUUAAGGACUACAUCAGCAAUGCGGACGAUGAUGGCGAUUCGCGACUCCUCUCGUCGAGUGCUUCGCUGCAGAAGUUUGAAAUUAACGAUAACAAUCUGUUGAACCCGCGCGAAGAGUACGUAGACCAUCAGCCGAAGAGUAUUGUUCUGACGACUAACACCCUAACACCGCCCGAGCCGACCAGCAUCUUGAACAAAUCGAAUCAAAACAUUUCGCAGAUUGAGGAAAACAUUGAUAAGCUUGUGUCGUCGCAGUUUGUGAGCAUCAUCAAGAGUUCGGAUGAGGGUAGCAGCAAUGAACGGUUAGAUGAGAUUUGUUCCACCGGACAGAUAAGUGCGAACGUACCGGAGUUUAUGAAGAUCCAGCUGAACCGUGUCGAUGGUACUGGACGUCCAACUAAAACGAGUAGUAUCGUGCUGACGACCUCCCCUACACCAGCUCCACCAACCUCACCCGCCAUUGCUAGUCCCACUGCCAGUGCAGGGCAGUAUCAACCGCCAGACGAUGCCAUAAAGCUGCAGCGACGGUUCAGCAACGAGAACAUCGAAAUCACCGAGUCCAAACCACCGCUGCCACCAUCGGUCGUGGCACGAUCCAGUCUGGUGCUGGAGGGAGGCGGCAUUCCCAAGAGUCCACCCGCUUUCCGCAAGCAGGGCAGUGGUGUUGGCAAUGGCGGAGCAACGGGUGACCUGGCCGGUACCAAGCGCAACUCGAUGAAUCUCUCACAGGACCUGAGCGACGAUAGGAAGGUAAUCCUACAGCGCCGUACGUCGGUGACGGAGGAAAAGAUCAAGUACGAGCGGCGGAUAUCGUCCUCCUCGGAGGAUAUUAAGUUCGAGAAGAAAAAGUCCACCUCAGAGGAGUUGCUGGAGAAGCGUGGCAGUGCGGGUAGUGGAACCGGCAACUCAAACUACAACAGUGGCUCGAGCAGUGGGGAUGAGUUGGUGGUGCUGCGCAAAAAGUUUGUCGUCGGUGAGAAAGAGGGCAAGGAUAAGGAUGGCACGCCAGAGCUGAUGAAGGUUUUUGCUAGGAGGUCGUUAAAGUUGCGUUCGGACGAUGAUUACAAGGUGACAGAUAGUGGCAAACCUCUGUCGAGUAUUGAUAGCGAUAAGGAGAAUCAAUCGAGCGAGGAAAAGCUGGAUAAGGUGGGAUUGCAGCAGACGAAGCAAUCCCAGCAGCAGCAACACCAACAGCAACAGCAGCCGGAACUUAUCUCUACAAGCCUUGUGCAGGCGGUAUCAGUAACUCCUCUACAAGCACCUGCCACAAAUGGAUCGCUUAAGAAUGGAUGCACGCUUACGGACGGAGUACCGCUAAAGAAUGGUUCCAAUGAGAAUGGACAAACGCCCGCUUCUGGAGAAGCCAUCCUACGGAAAAGUGUUACCAGCAAACCGUUUGGAGUACCGAAUCGCUUCGGCAACUCCCCCAACGGUGCGCAACCGCGCAAUGCGACGUCAUUUGUGGAGGUGCGUAAAACGCUUCUGCCAAGCGCAACGGUCACUGUGUCGCCAGUGAACAACAACUUCGUAAAAUCGACAAACCCAACCAUCCCGGCGGGACAGGAGACCGGGUGCGAGAACCCGUCGACCGUGAGCAACAACAACACCAUUAACACCAACCGCCAUACGAUCGCGUCGCUAAACCAGCUCAACAGUACGAACGGAGUUGGUGGUGGAGUCGGUGCCAUCAACAACAAUGCGUCGAAUGCCACCAUCAUCGAGACGGACGGUGGUGGCAACGAUGAGAUAAACGAGUUUAAGGGCAUCCUGCAGCGUCGGGCAGAGUGGGAAAAGCGAGCGAAGGAAGGAUUCAAGUAA